AUGCACCAAUUGACGUCGUUUGGUUAUUCUCCAUCAUUUUUUUCGCAACUUCCCGCUCUUAUUUAUCAGGAAAUUCUAGGUUGCCUCUUCAAAGCAAAAAAAGCGGAAAUGGCCAACAAAGUGAUUGAACAACUGGAGUACUACUUCGGUAAUAUCAACUUGCCAAGGGACAAGUUUCUUCAAGAAAAACUCAAGGAGGACGACGGAUGGGUCACUUUGGAAACAAUGCUGAAGUUCAACCGUUUGGCUUCCAUUACGACUGACACAAAUGUGAUCGCUGAUGCCGUGAAAAAUGCAAACUCGGACAUAGUUACCAUUAACGAGGAUGGCACAAAGAUUCGACGCAAUGAUUCAAAUCCACUGCCCGAGAACUCACUCGAAUAUUGGCAAACUAUCAAGCACCGAACUGUCUACAUGAAAGGCUUCAAUCAAGACACUUCGCUGGAUAGCAUUCGCGAAUGGGCGAAAAAAUACGGCCAUGUGGACAAUGUUCUGAUGAGGCGCACAAAGCCAGAUCGCGUCUUCAAAGGCUCCGUUUUCAUCACCUACAAAACAAGAGAAGAAGCCGAAAGUGCACAGAAGAGCGAAGAUAAGUUUGGCGGUGAUACCGAACUUUUCAAGCUUAUGCAAGAUGACUAUUGGGCCCAGAAGAACCGAGAGACCAAAGAAAAACGAGCAAAUGAAAAAGCCAUGAAGUCUUCAAAGAAUGCCAAGGAUAGCAAGGACGUAAAAAAUGCACCAGUUGUCAGCUUUGUUAAGGGAUUAAUCUUGGAGGUCAGCGGUUUGCCCAAAGACAUCAAGUUUGCCGAGAUCAAGGAAUUCCUAGCCAAAUAUGGAGAAGUCGCUUAUGCCGUGCUUGAUGAGAACAAUCCAGAAGUUGCUCAGAUAAGAUUCUCCGGCGCUGAGAACAAUGCACAGAAAGCUUGGGAUACUGCUGUUGCGGCGGCUGAAGAUGGAAAGCCAAAAAUUGGCGAAAAUGAACUAACAGCAAAGGUCUUGGAAGGCGAUCAGGAGGCUGCCUAUUGGGAAAAAUUCAACGAAAGCCGAAAACAACGACAACAGCAAUCAAAACGGGGGCGCGGAAAUAAUCGCCGCGGUGGACGUGGAGGACAUGGAGGAAGAAGCUCGGAUCGCAAACGAGGCCAUGAUGAUGAUGCCAAAGAUGAGCCCGCUGUCAAGGGUAAGCGAACAGUGUUUGCCGAUGAGGGUGAAGGUGACAUGAAGAAGGAGCGCUUUUCACCAAAAAAUGUCGCUGAA